AUGGAGAUGGCUCGAUUUAGCCUGAUGAAUAUUGAGCGUGUGAUGGACAUGGUAAGAGAUAUGGGACCGGAGAUCCAGACAGAGAGCGAAAUUCGAGAUCUGGUCAAAGUUAUGGUACCUGAGACCGAGUUCGCGUGGCUUGAAUCACUGAGCUCGUUGGAGGAAUUCCGCGAAGCGUUUCCAGAGCACAGAUAUCUUCACAAGGUUUUCGAGCAGAAGGAGUUGAUCAAGGAAUGGAAUGUCAAGGUUGGAUUUGGCACGAUCGUUCACAAAGCAGGUGCCAUAUGGCCAUAUCGAUUGAUCACUGGAAUCUUUGAAAGUCUUCUGGGCCAGUAUCCCAAUCGCCUGUCCAUCGAAACGAACACUCCAGUUACCGCCAUUUCCCAGUCUUCCUCUCCUCAAGAAGAGACAGCCAACACGACAUAUAAGUACAAGAUUACAACUCCUCGAGGAACUGUGCAUGCAAAACAAGUCAUUCACUGCACCAACGCCAACGCUUCGCAUCUUCUGAAGCCUCUAAGAGGUAAGAUGUACCCGUACAGAGGCACGAUGUCAGUCCAGAAAGCCGGCAAACAUCUGGAGAAUGUCGGGAACAGCGCCUCCUGGAGCUUGCUGAAUAAGCCUACGUUGGAUCACAACACAGGAUUGUAUGAUGGCGGCCUGUACUACUUGCAACAGAACGGGUUGACGGGAGACAUUUGGGUUGGAGGGGGAAGCUCGAGCAUUUUCGGCACACUCUCGUCUGAUGACACGUCGGUGCCCGGUCAGGCUAUGAAGGAUCUGGCGAGGUUGCUUCCUAAUUACUUUUUCAAGGGAUGGCCCCAGGGAGAGGAACCCGAGAUUCGGGGGAUGUGGACCGGACUUCAAUGUCAUACAUCGGAUGGGUUACCCUUGAUCGGAAAGAUUCCAGGGUCCGCUUCAGGUCGUGAGAGUAGCGACGCCGAGUGGAUUUGCGGAGGAUACAAUGGAUACGGUAUGGACAAGGCCUGGCUAUCAGGCGAGGCACUUGUGAAGAUGAUUGCUGGCGAAGGUUUGAGCAAGCCUUGA